AUGUCAACACAUCUGCAAGAUCCACCUUCAGACUCAAACUACAAUCCCAAUGCCACGUCAUCAACACCCUCUCCUAACCCCUUCAUCCGCGGCAGCAUCAACGGUGUCGCCACCGCUCCAUACGGCGGCGAAUCCCACUCCCACUCCCACCACCGGAGAUCGCACUCCGAGAUCAACUACCGUCUCCCCGACGAAAUGAUGGACCUAUCUCCAUCCAAUCCGUUGAACGGAGGAGGGUCCUCGACGGCCAGCCUGGAGGAGAUCGGAUCGGAAGACGAUCUGUUCUUCACCUACAUUGACGUGGAGAAGCUCGGAGGAUGUAGUAACGGUUCGAAUAGGGGAGGAAAUGGAUCGGAGCAGAGCGGUUACGGUAACGGAGCGGGGACGAGCGGACAGAAUGAUGGAGAUAAGAGUCUGAAUGAGGCUACUACGCCGAGAACGAGGCAUAGACAUAGUUGCUCUGUUGAUGGUACUACGUCGUCCACGAGUAUGCUUGGAGAGAUCAUGGAUGCCAAGAAAGCUAUGCCUCCGGAUAAACUCGCUGAGCUUUGGACUCAUGAUCCCAAGCGUGCCAAGAGGAUACUUGCGAAUAGACAGUCUGCUGCACGUUCAAAAGAGAGAAAGGCCCGUUAUAUACAAGAGCUUGAGCGCAAGGUUCAGACCCUUCAAACAGAGGCCACGACUCUCUCUGCUCAAUUGACAUUAUAUCAGAGGGACACAAGUGGUUUGAGUACUGAAAAUACCGACCUUAAGCUCCGUCUGCAAGCCAUGGAACAACAGGCACACCUUCGAGAUGCACUUAACGAUGCGUUGAUGAAGGAAGUUGAGAGGCUUAAGAUUGCUACCGGAGAGGCAAUGAACCCCUCUGAAUCUUACAAUCUUGGAAUACACCCGAUGCAAUUCGCAGGGUCAAAUUUCUUUUCAAUGCCACAACAACAUUCAGGUCCUUCUGGUCACCAGAACAUACAAUUUCCCCAAUUCGGUCACUCUCCAUCUAACAUGCCAUCCCAUCAGCUGCAACAAACCAAUUCUCACCAAUUCUCAGAGAUGUUGCAAAACGAUCACCUCGGUCAUUUUAAGGGACUCGACAUCAGUAACAAAGGAUCAGCCCUCGUGAAAUCUGAAGGUCCCUCAAUAUCUGCAAGUGAGAGUAGCACUACAUUUUGA